GGUCAAGUUUUUCUGGCGUUAAAGAACAAGUCAGUAUUUGAACAUAUAGUACUGUAUACCAUAACAGUGCCUAGGAAGAGAGGCUAUUUCAGAUUAAAAUUUGAACCCAUCAUGGAACUGUUGGUGAAAGAAGAGAUGAAAAAGGAGAGUAAUGAUUUUGUCAAGAUACCUACCAAAUCUGGUAGACCUCCAGUCUGCAGCGAAUGUGGAAAAACAUUUAAAUCACCAUACCAGCUUAAACGGCACAUGGUCUAUCAUACCAAAAACUACAAAUGUGCCGAAUGUGGGAGUGCAUUCUCCAUGAAACAUACCCUUGAAAAUCACAUGCUUCUACAUACUGGAGAAAAACCUCAUAAAUGUUCAUACUGUGGACAAGCAUUCCGGGCGGUCAGGAAUAGAGACAAGCAUGAAGUCGUCCACACUGGGGAGAGAAACUAUAAGUGUCAAAUCUGUGGAAAAACCUACACUGAAAAGGGAACUUUGUCAAAACAUAUGAAAAAUUUGCAUGGUCCAAAGCCGAGGUACUCAUGUAAAAUAUGUGAGAAAACGUUUACAUGGAAGGAAAGCUAUGACAGACAUCAGAAGAAUGUUCAUACCGAUAGCAGUGAACGGGAUAUCUAUGAAUGUAAAAUUUGUGAUAAAAGAUUUUUGCAACUAAACAGCCUCAUGCGGCAUUUUGAAAUAGUCCAUUUUGAAAUCAAGAAAUACAAAUGCCAAAUAUGUGGUAAAAACUUUGGUUGUUCUGGUAAUUUGGCAAUACACAAGAAAAUCCAUGAAGAAGGGAGUAAUGACUUAGAGUGCUCUUACUGCCAUAGGUUUAUCAGGGGAAAGGGCAAUUUGAAAAAACACAUAAGCUUGCUUCACUUGAAUGAACACCCAUUUACUUGUGACACUUGUGGGGAAAAAUUCAAGUAUAAAAAAGCAUUGAUCGCACAUAAAAAAGAUAGCCAUUCAGAUUUUAGCGACCUACCUUUUUCAUGUGACAUUUGUCAGGAAAGGUAUUCAACCCAGCUUUUUUUAGAAAGGCACAUGGUCAAACAUCUCCAGACAAUGUGAUGUCUCAAUGUAGGAGGGAGCAUGCUAAACCUUUGGAUAGAUAGCUUUUUGUUUGUCAGUUAGUGGGACAAUAAAAAACAUUUAUUGGUGACAAAAGAAAAGAAAAGGCAAAUGGUGGUCUCAUGGCUAGGUGUUGAUCUGCCCAAAUAUUUGUACAGGCUUCUAGGUUUGAAAUCUUCCACUUUUAUAAACCGACAUCAAUAUACCAGUACCUACACUAGUACUUUAAGUCCUGAACCCAUAAUUUUUUCUAAGAUACUUUCAGCCAAUCUGUAACUAAUGUUUUUAUAGUCUGUAAAAUAUUCUAACAUAUGCCUGUAUUUACAACUAGUACUCAAACUUUUCAAACAUUGUAUUUCUUCUUGUUUUCAAGAGAGUCACCUAAGAUUUGCAAUAAGUGCAUUGAUUUAUAGUUUUAACAAUUGUUAUUUAUAUUAAUAUACAUGUACAUCUUUGCAAGACAAUUGACAGGAUUUAAAUGGUGGAAUUAAAUUAAUCUAAUAGCUCUUUGUUUGCAUGUCUAGUAUAUAAUUUAUUUGAAAUGACAUGGAUUAUGUAUUUUUAUUUAUUCAUUAUGAUGAUAUGUAAAAUUAAUAAAAUAAAAGAUAAAGAAUG